UACCCACAUAGAUAGAAGAGAAGCUGCAGAAGCAAUCGGACGGUAGCGGAAUCACGUAAUUGCCCUUACGCCGCUGCAACAACAAAUACUCUCAAUUCUAUUCCAUUGUUCAGCAUCUUCUUCUUCAUCUUUUUCGUCUUCAUUUCAUAUACGCGAACUCGUUCUUCUUUUUCUCAUUUUAGAUGGGAGUUCAACAACAUGAAGCACUUCCUGAAAAUAACGAGCCUGCUGAAAAUACUAAUGCCGAACCUGAUGGAAUUUCUUGUAAGAAAAGUAAUACCAUGCAAAUUUAUAGACAAGAUGUUGUGAAGAAUAAAAGCAGUGGCAUGAUUGGGAUUGUGACGGAAGUUAACGGUGAUUCGGAUUCAGAUUCAGAUUCAGAUAGCACUGAAGAUGAGAAUGAUAGUGAGGAUGAGGAUGGUGAUGUUGAGGAAGGGGAUGAAAGUAAUAAUGGGUGCAGAAGUUCUGAUACGAAUGAUGCUUCUGUGCAUGGUAAAACUGCUACUCUUCAGACUAAUGAGCUACGUGUGCUCUGGAUGGAUGAAUCUGAAUCCACACAGAAUUUCAAUGACGUAGAAGUUGUCGACCGUGGAUUUUUACAUGGCGAUUUUGUAGCUGCUGCCUCAUAUCCUACUGGACAAGUAGGUGUUGUGGUUGAUGUCAAUAUAUAUGUGGAUUUGCUUGCCCAGGAUGGAUCUAUAGUAAAAGAUGUCUCAUCAAAAGACUUAAAGCGUAUUAGGGAUUUCACUGUUGGUGAUUAUGUGGUGCUCGGCCCCUGGCUAGGCAGAGUUGAUGAUGUUUUGGAUAAUGUGACUGUCUUAUUUGAUGAUGGCUCAGUUUGUAAAGUCUCCAAAGCAGAUCCAAUGAAUCUUAAACCAAUUUCGAAGAAUAUGCUUGAAGAUGGGCAUUACCCUUAUUACCCAGGGCAACGUGUAAGGGCCAAGUCUUCAUCAAUCUUCAAGAUGGCUAGAUGGCUGUCUGGCUUGUGGAAAGCUAGUAGGUUAGAAGGUACUGUCACCAAUGUUACAGUUGGAUCAGUGUUUGUUUAUUGGAUAGCAUCUGCAGGUUAUGGGCCAUAUUCUUCUACAGCCCCAGCUGAGGAGCAGAGUCCAAAAAACUUGAAAUUGCUGUCUCGUUUUGCACAUGCAAAUUGGCAGUUGGGUGACUGGUGUCUCUUACCUUCAUCUGCAUUGCCAUCCUCUGUUUCCAUCAACAAAAACAAAUCAAAAUUGGAACAUAACGAAUCUUUCAACGUUGAAUUAGAUUCUAAUCAAACAGAAAGUGGGUGUGAUUCAGAAGAAGCUACUGUCGAGGAAUCAAAUGAGAAUAAGAAUGCUAUGGAUCUUGAUACAGUGGGUGCUAUGGAAGCAAAUGAUGGAAAUGAUAGAAAUAAUCCUUCGCGCGAAUCUAGCUCAUGUGGUAGUUCUAUCUCAGUAUCAAAGGACACUGUCCAUGAAGCUUGGCCUCUUCACCGCAAGAAAAUAAGGAAAGUUGUCAUUAGGAAAGAAAAGAGGGCCCGGAAGAAAGAGGAAAGCUUUGAAAAAGCUCUGUUGAUUGCCAACACAAGGACAAGACUUGAUGUUGCUUGGCAGGAUGGAACGGUUGAGCGUGAACUAGAUUCUACAAGUUUAAUUCCUAUAGAUAAUCCCGGUGAUCAUGAGUUUGUUUCAGAACAGUAUGUUGUAGAGAAGACCUCUGAUGAUGGUGAGGAUAAUUGUGAAACUAAGCGAGUUGGAGUCGUGAGAAGUGUUAAUGCCAAGGAGCGGACAGCUUGUGUGAGGUGGAUAAAACCAGUUGCCAGGGCAGAAGAUCCCCGAGAAUUUGACAAUGAGGAAAUUGUUAGUGUAUAUGAGCUAGAGGGCCAUCCAGAUUAUGAUUACUGCUAUGGUGACGUGGUUGUUAGACUAUCACCUGUGUCUGUCUGUUUAGAAGCUUCUGUUGACGUGUCUGUUGAGAAAUCGAAGCAGGAAAAUGAAGAAAGUGGAAUUAAAAAGGAAGCAAAAAUCCAAACUGGUACCCGUAAUAUAAAAAGUGCAUCCGCUGGUGAAGAUGGCGUGGAGUUCUCAGACCUCUCUUGGGUUGGAAAUAUAACUGGCCUUAGUAAUGGUGAUAUUGAAGUUACUUGGGCUGAUGGGAUGGUAUCGACGGUUGGGCCCCAAGCAAUCUAUGUGGUUGGUAGAGAUGACGACGACGAAUCACUUGCUGCAGGGAGCGAUCUAAGUGAUGCUGCAAGCUGGGAAACGGUUAAUGAUGAUGAAAUGGAAGUCCUAGAAGAUUCCAGAGAGGAUAUUAAGAGGGAAAAUGCAAGCAACGUUACUUCUGAAGCAGAAGAGGAUGUAGAGAAUGACAUUGGUAGGACCACAGCACUUUCUGUCCCCCUAGCAGCAAUUCGAUUUGUUACCAGACUUGCCACUGGAAUAUUCUCCAGGGCACAAAAGAACAUAGAUCCUGUUCACUUGCAGUCAAGCAGUGAAAUUGAAUGUCCGUCACCAGUAAAUGUUUGUGAGUCCAGUUCUCGGGAAUGUGUUGCCAUUGAUGGUGACAAUUCGGGCAGCAAGAGUUGUAAAAAUGAGGAAGCCUUUCUUCCAGAAGGAUCCGAUGUGGAAGCCUCCGAGACACUGUGCAGCUUGAAGAAUGAAAAUGCUCCUGCAAGUUGCAACGAUGAUGCUUGCAGUUUGAAACAUUUUGACAUGGUUACAGAUCCCUCAGACCAUUAUUUUAUUGGUGCAAAUGGACAGAGGAACAAUCGAAAAUGGUUUAAGAAGGUGCAACAAGAUUGGGGUAUACUACAAAAUAACCUUCCUGAGGAAAUCUUUGUACGAGUUUAUGAAGAUAGAAUGGAUCUUUUGAGAGCAGUUAUUGUAGGGCCAUUUGGGACCCCUUACCAAGAUGGUUUGUUUUUCUUUGAUUUUCACCUUCCUCCAGAGUAUCCUGAUGUUCCACCGUCAGCAUACUAUCAUUCAGGUGGUUGGCGUAUUAAUCCUAAUCUGUAUGAGGAAGGGAAGGUUUGCCUUAGCCUUCUAAAUACAUGGACAGGCAGAGGAAAUGAAGUUUGGGAUCCAAAAUCUUCUAGCAUCCUUCAAGUUCUAGUUUCACUACAAGGGUUAGUACUCAACUCCAAGCCUUACUUCAAUGAAGCUGGAUAUGAUAAGCAGACUGGAACAGCCGAAGGAGAGAAGAAUUCGUUGUCCUACAAUGAGAAUACAUUUUUACUGAACUGCAAGACCAUGAUGUAUCUUAUGCGGAAUCCCCCCAAGGAUUUUGAAGUGCUCAUCAAAGAACAUUUUAGGAAGCGUGGUCAUAACAUCCUAAAGGCUUGUGAUGCAUAUAUGAAAGGCUACUUGAUUGGCUCCUUGACUAGAGAUGCCUCUGUGAGUGACAAUAGCAGCCCUAAUUCAACCUCUGUUGGUUUCAAGUUGAUGUUAGCCAAGAUAGUGCCAAAGCUUUUCUUGUCACUUAGUGAGGUUGGAGCUGAUUGUGAGGAAUUUAAGCAUUUGAAAGAAUUGUAGCAAAGUAAAUACAUCACCUCCUUAAAAUUUGAAGGUACCAACAAGUGUAAAGGUUCUCAUGUGUCGUAUGUGUUUUGAUUUCUACAAUUUCUGAAUGUUUAAUAGACCAAUUCACUUCUAGGGGUUUGAAGGAAGAGAUUUGGUGGCAAAAACCCUUUUGAGAGAAGCAACCACUGACAGAGCAGGCUGAAUAGCCCUUUGAUUAUGAUCACUUGUAGAGGGGAGGCAAUGUUUUAUGUUCCAAACUUUUAUUUAUUUUUUAAUAUCGAGACAGACAACCAUCCAAAAAAGAAAUUCUGGACAGAGGAUGGGGGGUUGGAUUUUCUCAGAUGUUUGGUGAUUAAUGGUAUUGCACUGAUGGAUCAAGUCAUGUUUGUGCGGAUUUGGUGAAUUGAACUGAACAAAUAACCAAUUUUGUUUUUCUUCCUACUUCCCCCUUGCACCCACUCUUUACUCGUCCAUCCUAAUGGAUUCUGCGCUCUUAUUGGUGCGUUUUGGCAUUUUUGCUUUCAUUGUUUGGGAGUCCUGUGUUGUAACUUCUCUAUUCCUGGAUACUGUCAUUUUUUAUUGAAAAAAAAUACAAAAUACCAGUGUAACCGAAGUAGGACAUGAUCUAGGAGCACUCCACAUGCUAUAAAUCCAUUAAUUCAAUGACUGUUGAAAAGUGGUA